CUACUUCAAUGUGGUUAGUUGACUCCUCAGAAUUAGCCGACUAUCUUGGACUGCCUACAAGCAGGCUCGGCAUGGCAGCGGGAGUGGUGGAAUUACCCUUUGCCAAGCCCCGGCACUGCCGUGAAUAAACCCCCCCGCAUUCAGCAUCCGAUCAACAUUAUACUACGAAGGGCAUCUCUCCGGUGGGAGACAUCGACGAUGGACAUCAUGGCAACUGAAUCCCCGUGGGGUGAAUCUUGGCGACCACGAUGUUGUCUAUAUAAACAGCUGCAAUAGUCGUGAACAAAAAAGUCGUAGCGGCAGACUCCAACCGACCAUAAUGCAGCUUCAAUCGAUAAUCACCCGCCUGUUGACGGCCCUGCUCGGGUUGUGGGCCCUCCUGCCUACAGCUGGGGCCUAUACAAACCCGAUCCGUAACCCCGGGGGCUCCGACCCCUUUUUGGUGUACACCGGUGGAUACUACUAUCUAAUGACCACCACCUGGACGGACCUCGAGAUCAGCCGGGCCACCACCAUCGACGGCCUCAAGUCCGCCGAAAAGAAGGUCGUCUACUCCACCUCCACCGCCGGCCGCUGCUGCAACGUCUGGGCUCCGGAGGUCCACUACCUGGGUGGCAAGUGGUACAUCUACUACACCGCAGGGGAGACGACCGACCUGGACGGCCAGCGUCUCCACGUCCUCACCGGUGGUUCCACCCCCUGGGACGAGUACACAUACACCGGCCAGCUGACGACCGAAUGGUCCAUCGACGCGACCGUCCUCCGCACCAACGCCUACGGCAACUACCUCGUCUUCUCCUGCUUCCACGGCGUGACCUACCAAUCCCUCUGCAUCCAGAAACUGGGCGACGACUAUGUCAGCCUCACCGGCAGCAUCAGCGUCAUUUCCGAGCCGACCGAGAGCUUCGAGACCCACGGCACCCCCGUUAACGAGGGGCCCGCCGCCCUCUAUAUCUCCGGAACCACCUACCUGGCCUACUCGGCCUCGUACUGCUGGACCCCGUACUACUGCGUCGCCCUGUUGACCUGGGACGGCACGACCGAUCCCACCUCCCGCAGCGCCUGGACCAAGGGCGAUAGCUGUGCGCUGUCCUCGGCCAACGGCAACUACGGUACCGGCCACAACAGCUUCUUCCAGAGCCCCGAUGCUACAGAGACGUGGAUUGCGUACCACGCGUCGAACAGCAGUGCCGGGGCGUGCGAUGAUACGCGGUAUACGAUGGUGCAGCCGUUGGGGGUGAGCGGGGGGAAGCCCGUGUUUGAGACGCCGGCGGCGUUUAGCACCGUGUUUAGUGAGCCGAGUGAGUAG